UUAAUAAAUGCAUCGUAUUUUGUGUGUGUGACAGCUCAGCCAAAUGUACCUAAAAUACACGAGGGAUGGUGGGCGUACAAGGAGGUUGUUCAGGGGAGUUUUGUACCAGUGCCGUCAUUCUGGGGGCUAGUGAACUCAGCUUGGAACCUGUGCUCCGUGGGGAAGAGGCAGUCUCCCGUCAACAUCGAGACCAGCCACAUGAUCUUUGACCCCUUCCUCACGCCCAUCCGGCUCAACACGGGAGGACGCAAGGUGGGCGGGACCAUGUACAACACGGGUCGCCAUGUCUCACUGCGAAUGGACAAGGAGCACCUUGUGAAUAUCUCUGGUGGACCAAUGACGUACAGCCAUCGCCUGGAGGAGAUCCGGCUACACUUCGGCAGCGAGGACGGACAGGGCUCUGAACACCUUCUCAACGGACAGGCCUUCUCAGGAGAGGUUCAACUUAUACACUACAACCACGAGCUGUAUACAAACUACACAGAGGCAGCCAAGAGCCCCAACGGACUGGUCAUAGUGUCUAUAUUUAUGAAGAUUGCGGAGACUUCAAAUGCAUUCCUGAAUCGAAUGUUGAACAGGGACACCAUCACAAGAAUAACAUAUAAAAAUGAUGCGUAUCUACUGACAGGCCUGAACAUCGAGGAGAUUUACCCAGAAACCUCUAGUUUUAUCACGUACGACGGGUCCAUGACCAUCCCGCCGUGCUUUGAGACGGCCACGUGGAUCCUGAUGAAUAAGCCAGUGUACAUCACACGGAUGCAGAUGCACUCCUUACGGCUGUUGAGUCAGAACCAGCCGUCUCAGAUCUUCCUGAGUAUGAGCGACAACGUUCGCCCGGUUCAACCGCUGAACAACCGCUGCAUCCGGACUAACAUCAACUUCAGCAUGCAGGGCAAAGACUGUCCCAACAACAGGGCCCAGAAGCUCCAGUACCGAGUGAAUGAGUGGCUGCUAAAGUAG